AUGCAGGAGAAAGGCAACCCUUCCCAGCCCAUUGGCAUCUGCCACCGGCUCAUCACCUUCAUCAUGAACAGCCACAUUGCUAGAAGCCUUGUCAAGCGUGUGACCUUAGGCCAUCCAAUUCCUCAAGACCUACAGCCUAUGAUCCCAGCAGCCAACCCUAAUGGAGCUGGUCAGACUAUGUACCUUCAGGCCCUCCAGACACCGGAAAACGAAUCAGUUUUUGAGAUUCAAAUUCACUACAAGCAAACCGAUGAUGACUUUGAAGAAUCAUGGACCCAAGUUGACAAGUUGGGUCCAAUAGAGAGAACAGAGGAGGCAGAGAUUCAAGACAAGGGUCCACGAGAGGUGAAGCUCAUUUCCACAGCCACAUCCCAAGCAAAGGAGCCAAAGAAGAGGUUGAGCAUUGAAGAUGAGGGAGAGUUAGAGAAAGAGAAAGAGAAGAACAAUAAGAAGAAAGGAAAGGGUGUGAUUAGUGGUGAAAAGUUGACGCUAGCAAUGGAGGCUGAAGAUGAGAUUUCAAGGCUUGGGUUGAGGCGUGUAAGGCCACUCUUUCAUGUUGCACCAAACAUAAAUGAAAAAUCAGAUGCGUUUAUUCGGAGUAGAAAGGAAGCUAUGAGGAGGAACUAUGGCCCUGAGCCAAGGAUAUAG